AAAUAUGUAUAAAUGAAGCCGGGCACAACAGAGACGAGUCAGUGUAUUUGCAGAAAUUGUUUCAUUGCCAACCGGCGAAGAUGAAGUUGAUUUUGUUAUUGUUUGCUGUGGCGGUGUUGCAGUCCGUCAACGGAAGAAAUCUCGCGAGGUACAGAAGAGCUGCAAAGAAUAUGUACAAAAUGUGUGUUCCGGAAGAUCUCAUAGAUCUGUGCAACGAAAUGGCAAGUCAGGAGACCAAGAGCACUGUAAAGAUUGUUUGUAUUCCUGCGAGGGAUAGGAUAGAAUGCAUAACAAAAAUCAAAGAGAAGUUAGCAGAUUUCUUGACGGUAGACCCGGAAGACAUGUACGUGGCUAAAAAUGAACCGGGUGGCGAUUUUGCAAUUUUCGAGGAAAUCCGCACCAAAGAAGAACCGGAUGCCGAAUUUAGAUAUGAAGCAGUGGCUGUCGUUCACAAAGACUUGAACGUAUCGAACGUCGAAGGACUAAGAGGGUUGAACUCGUGCCACACCGGUGUCGGCAGAAAUGUCGGUUACAGAAUACCUCUGACGAAAUUGAAGCAGAUGGGCCUUAUCGGUAAUUUGGCGGAGCCGGAAUUAUCACCGAGAGAAAACGAAUUGAAAGCGUUUUCCACGCUAUUCCAAAAUGCCUGCAUCGUUGGCAAGUGGUCUCCGGAUCCCAAGAUCAAUUUAAAAUUGAAGAGAAGAUACUCAAAUCUCUGCGCACUUUGUGAACAUCCCGAGAUUUGCGAUUAUCCGGACAAGUUCUCCGGGUAUGAUGGCGCGUUGCGAUGUUUAGCUCAUAACGGAGGCCAAGUGGCUUGGACCAAAGUCAUUUUCGUUAGGAAAUUCUUUGGCUUGCCGGUUGGUGUUAGUCCCGCGGUCCCCACCCAAGAAAAUCCUGAAAAUUUCGCGUACUUUUGUCCGGACGGGUCGAAAGUUCCAGUUACUGAGACACCCUGUACGUGGGCUGCGAGACCGUGGCAAGGAUACAUGAGCAACACCGAAGUCGCCAAGUCGGUUGACGAGCUAAGGAAGAAAAUCGAAAGUUUAAAUGCCGUCGGUAGCAAAAACCACGCCGCGUGGUUGGAAAAGGUUUUGGAAAUCAACGACAAGGGUUUGCCCAGAGAAAAUAAAAUUAUCUCGCCCGGAGAAUACUUGGAUAAGGCAAAUUACACCGAUGUCGUUGAAAGAGAUUACGGUCCACCCUACAAGUCAAUUAGAUUUUGCGUUACUUCGACAAUAGAAGAAGAUAAAUGUAGAGCGCUCAGUAAAUCUGCUUUCUCGAGAGAUAUAAGGCCCAGGUUUGAUUGCGUUUUGGAACCAACGGUGCAAGACUGCAUGGCUAGAAUCAGAGACAACGGAGCUGAUAUUAUCACUUUGGACGGUGGACUUGUCGAUGUGGCUCAAAAAGACUACAAUCUCAAACCGAUCGUAGCAGAGCAAUACGGCCCGACUGGUGGUUCUUAUUACGCCGUUGCGGUUGUCAAAAAGGACUCCACUAUUCAGUCAUUCGACGACCUCAGAGGCAAGAAAUCAUGCCAUACCGGCAUAAGACGUACCGCUGGUUACAACGCGCCUCUAUACACGUUGAUCUCCAAAGGGUUAAUCAAGAAAAAGGCGUGUCCUUAUCCAAAUGCCUUGUCUGAGUUCUUCAGUGGAGGAUCUUGCCUUCCCGGUUCCAAAGAAGUCAAUCUCGGACUCGAUUCCCAAGUAUCAGAGAAAUUAUGCUCGUUGUGUACGGGCGACGUGGAUCAGAAUAAUCCAGCAACUAAGUGCAACUUCGACCAAACUGAAGCUUUCAGCGGCUACACCGGUGCUUUCAGAUGCUUGGUCCAAGGUGGUGGCGACGUGGCCUUUGUCAAGCACGUCACAGUACCAGGCAACACAGAUGGAAACAACAAGGAACCCUGGGCGCUCAACUUGAAAUCAACCGACUACGAGUUGCUUUGCUCCGAAGGUGGACGAGCCCCGGUCACUGAUUUUGCUAAAUGCAACUUGCUCCAGGCACCACCUCACAUGGUUGUUACUAGAAACUCUAAGACCAUUCAAGAAAUAGACGAACUAAGGAAUGCUCUAAUCUCAGUGAGCGAAGAGUACACCGAGAGACCCGAUCUAUUUAGACUCUUUGGUUCUUUUAACGGACAAAAAGAUCUUUUAUUUAAGGAUUCAGCUACCGGUCUCGUAUCUGUCACUGGAGAUUCCGAAGUUCAAAAGAAAUAUUCCCAAGUACUCGCAGUCGUGAAUGCGUGUUAGUACGACUGAUUAUUUCAUGUACCUUCUUUAAUAGCAUGUGAUAACGUUUGAAAAAUAAAUUUUGGAUAGCUUUCAGUUUUGAAAAUCUUUCAUAAGCGAUAAUGA